ACCCCUCUCCAUCCCCUGCUUAAAUACAGCCGAGGACAGGGCUGUGUUCCUCAGCCUCUGUCUCCGACACCCCUGGCACAGUGAGCUGACAAUGCCGUCCUCUUUCUCCUGGGGCUUCCUGCUGCUGGCCAGCCUGUGCUGCUUGUUCCCCGGCUGCCUGACUGAAGAUGUUCAGGAGACUGCUGCUUCCCAGCAGGACCAGGAACACCCAGCCUUUCACAGGAUUGCCUUGAAGUUGGACAUGUUUGCCUUCUGCCUGUACUGGAAUCUGUUCGAGCAACCCAACAUAACAGAUUUCUUCUUCUCUCCUGUGAACAUCGCCGCGGCCUUGGCCAUGCUCUCCCUGGGCACCAAGGAUGCCACCCACUCUGAGAUCCUGAGGGGCCUGGGCUUCAACAUCACAGAGAUGCCAGAGGCAGAUGUCCACGCAGGCUUCCAGAGCCUCCUCCACACCCUCAACAGGCCCAGCAACCAGCUCGAGCUGACCACGGGCAGCAGCCUAUUCAUCAACGAGAGCCUGAAGCUCCUGGAGCCAUUUUCAAUGGAUGUGAAGAACCUGUACCAGUCAGAGGCCUUCACCAUUGACUUCACUGACCCCGAAGAAGCCAAGAAGCAGAUCAACCAAUACAUGGAGAAGGGAACCCAGGGGAAAAUUGUGGAUCUGGUGAAAGACCUGGACAAAGACACUGUGCUUGCCCUGGCGAAUUACAUUCUCUUUAAAGGCAAAUGGGAGAAAUUCAAUGCGACGGAUGUCAGAGUCAAGGCGAAUCCCCAGGUUAAACUGAAGACACAGUUCCUGUAUGGCGUAAUGCAAAUGCAUUAUUGCAACACGCUGUCCACCUGGGUGAUGCUGACGGACUCCCUGGGUGAUACUGCCACCGUCAUCAUCAUGAUGACAGGAAACAACGUGCAACGACUCAUGGCCAUGCUCCUCGUGGACAGUAUUGACAAGUGUCUGAAGAGCACCAACGGAAGAAUUGAACAAAUGCGCUUGCCCAAACUGUCCAUCUCUGGAACCUAUGACCUGGAGCCGGUCCUGAGCGCGCUGGGCAUCUCCACGGUCUUCAGCAAUGGUGCUGACCUUUCCAAGGUCACCAAGGAUGCCCCACUGAAGCCCUCCAAGGCUGUGCACAAGGCUGUGCUGACCCUGGACGAGAAAGGAAUCGAGGCCGCAGCGGCCACCUUCUCAGAAGCCAUUCCCUCGUCUCUUCCCCCUGAGGUGAAUAAUUCCCUGCCAUUCUUAAUUACAAUCUAUGAUAAAAAGACUAAGAUUCCUCUCUUCCUGGGCAAAUUUUCAUACCCUCCACUGCUGUGACCUCUCUAAGCAGGUCCUUCCUUGAUGGCAUUAAA